UAUAUUAGUAGUGAAGAUGGAAGUUUAUUUAUCUAAUGCCUGGAAAGCAUGUAUAAUUUGAUGUAGACGGUCAGUUCUGUGGUAAAACGACCGCGAAUCCUUGACGGCGCCGUCAAGUUCUAGUUAAAAGCAGCGUCAUUGCGUUGGCCUCGGUUUAACCCAUCCGUGUCUUAGGAACCCCAUAGCAACCAACCAAGACAGGAAGCAGAUUCUCAUACCGCUCUGCCUUCAAAUCGUUCAAGUUCGCGCCUAACUGCUGCCUUCUGGUCUCUUGCUCCAAAACUUUCCCUUUUUGACUCCCCGAACGCGUCGGCUCCCCUACGCAUAACUUGUUUCUCGAACUUCACACCCAACGAGAGCCUCGUCAACAAGGCUCAUUGUGUCGCUAUGUCCUCCACUGGCACAUUCAGAGGUACGCCGAAUCGGCAAGGUAGAGGCGCAAUUCCGACCUACACCAACAGCCCUUCAAAUAUCCCACGUCCUUCUCACGAUUCCCAUCAAUCCUCGAGCGCACAUAGUGACGCAGGACAUUCGUCUUUGAGUGCUAGUCGUCAGAAACAAUCCAAAAGAGAUGAGGCUAUUCGAAAGAAAAUUGAAAAUGAUCUCAGCAAAAAAAGGCAGACUACAGCUCGCGCCCGCCAGACCAGAAAGGCACCCCCAGGAACUGUUUUGGCAUUGAAGCCGAGCCCAGCGCUCCAAAUUAAGCCUGACACAACGGUUGCAGAGGCCGCUCAGCUCAUGGCUGCGAAGCGUGAAGACUGUGUGCUGGUGACGGACGAUGAUGAUCGCAUUGCCGGUAUUUUCACAGCAAAGGAUCUCGCUUUCCGCGUGGUUGGACAGGGCGUUAAGGCCAGGGAGAUUACAAUUGCGGAUAUCAUGACCAAGAAUCCGCUCUGCGCAAGAACAGAUACCAGUGCCACAGAUGCUCUGGAUCUCAUGGUUCGAAAAGGCUUCCGCCACCUUCCAGUCAUGGAUGAGAAUCAAGACAUCUCUGGAGUGCUAGAUAUCACAAAGUGUUUCUACGAUGCCAUGGAGAAGCUCGAGCGGGCUUACAGCUCGUCUCGUAAGUUAUAUGACGCAUUGGAAGGCGUGCAGUCCGAGUUGGGUUCCAGCCAGCCUGCGCAGAUUAUCCAAUACGUGGAGAACUUAAGGCAUAAAAUGUCUGGUCCGACUUUGGAAACAGUUCUCAAUGGUAUUCCGCCUACAGUGGUCUCGGUGCGCACUUCGGUCAAAGACGCUGCAGCCUUGAUGCGAGAGCAUCAUACGACUGCACUCUUGGUGCAGGAUCAAGGCUCGAUUACCGGUAUCUUUACCAGCAAGGAUGUCGUUCUUCGCGUCAUUGCUCCCGGCCUCGAUCCCGCGAACUGCAGUGUGGUGAGGGUUAUGACACCUCACCCGGACUUUGCCCAGAUUGAUAUGACUAUUCAAGCUGCGCUUCGGAAGAUGCAUGACGGACAUUAUCUGAACCUUCCGGUAAUGAACGAGGCGGGAGAAAUUGUGGGUAUGGUGGAUGUGCUGCGGCUCACCUAUGCCACCUUGGAACAAAUCAAUGAAAUUUCCGCUGCAGAUGGCGAAGGACCUGCGUGGAACAAAUUCUGGUUCUCGCUUGACAAUGAAUCAGAAUCCAUGGUUUCUGGAGAGGGAGGAAGUCAUGCACCCCACACCCCUGGCACCCGAUCGCUCAUGUCUCCUGACUCUUCGCGUCCCCCCAUUGAUCGGGGUGAUAGCGUUCUGCCUACUGACUCUGCUUCACAUACGGGCGCAGACGAUCCAUCUGCUGCAGGUCAGUCACUGGUAGCCAUUGAGGAAACACCCUUUCCGUUCAAGUUCAAGGCUCCGAGCGGACGCGUCCAUCGAAUCCAGGUUGUCGCGGCGUCUGGUGUUGGAGAGCUCAUUACGGGAGUCAGUGCUAAGUUAGGUGGCGAAGUCGCUGGCGUUGGCGGUGAGCCGACUUUCGAGGAUGGAAAGCUUGGGAAAUCGGGCUAUGCUUUGAGCUAUAUGGACAACGAAGGCGAUACCGUUUCCAUUACCACGGAUCAUGACCUGCUCGACGCAAUCAUUCUGGCUCAGCGGGGUGGCCGAGACAAGGUCGACCUCUUUGUUCAUGAUCCUGAAAAGCCACCACUCCCCGCUACUGUGGAUCCCCAACCCGUCAUCGGCGAGGCCCCCUCGGUUCUUUCUGGUACUACAGCAAGCCGCAGCAGGCGAAGACAGGAGAGCGACGACGAUGAGGCAACAGAGGAUGAGAGCUCUAAGAAAGAACGGAAACCCAUCGUUUCUUCUGGCAAGCAAGAGGAACAGAUUAUUGCAGGUGUACCAAAUGAGUUGCUUUUGCCGGGUGCGCUUAUGACGUUAGCUGUGGUCAUUGUCGGUGUUUUCGCCCUGAGUCGGACAGGCCGUCGGUGAUGUGAAAGUGUCUUGCGAAUAUGAUAUUUUCGAGAGCAAAGUAUGUCGUUUCUCGAGUUGUAUUGCUGGAUCUGUCCCUAUAUUUAUUGCUUUAUCUGGCGUACAAUUCUCUACUCAGGCCAUUCCCGCUUAUCUUCAGCAACGAGGCCCUUGACAAGGGCCUAGCAUUCCAACUUAGAGAUAUUCGGGCCAAUCAUUUUUCGAGGACUUUAAAUACUAGCGC